GAACUCUACUGCGCCACACGCUUGGCUCGGACUACAGACUCCCCCCGUUUCUCGGAUGCACUGCCUCGCCUGCGCCGCGCCCGCUACAGCGGCCGCCGCUCGUGCUCCCGGAAGGCACUUCGGCCGCCGGAGGGUGGUCGUCGACUGCGCCGCCUCCGCAGACCGCAACGUCCAAGAAACGCCUUCGAGGUUAAGGGAAGCAUGUGAACUUUCUGAAAUCUCAACCAAAACACUGCUGUUUGCGUCAAAGAGGAAGAUUCUUGCAUUUUCGGCCUUUUGCCUUUGCUUACAUUCUUCAAGGUACUUAUCAGCACUUGCGUUGGGUGAUCCAUCUGUCAAAAUUGAGGAUGUAACUCCAAAGAUAUUUCCAUCUGGUCCAUUGUUCCCAACUGAGAAACGGAUCGCAGAGCUUUUCGAAACAAAUACUUACUCGGUGGUCAACAUUUUUGAUGCGACACUGCGCCCCCAGCUCAAUGUAACAGGUGUUGUUGAGAUCCCGGAAGGAAAUGGUUCUGGAGUUGUUUGGGAUGAGUCUGGACAUAUCGUUACAAAUUAUCAUGUGGUUGGCAAUGCUCUUUCGAAAAAUCCAAAGCUUGGUGAAGUUGUUGCACGUGUCAACAUUCUUGCUGCCGAAGGGAUACAGAAAAAUUUCGAAGGAAUAUUGAUUGGCGCAGACCGUGCUAAAGAUCUUGCUGUCCUUAAGGUGGAUGCCCCUUCAGAUAUCUUGAAGCCGAUUAUUGUGGGACAGUCCUCAGCUCUAAAAGUUGGUCAGCAAUGCUUAGCAAUUGGAAAUCCUUUUGGUUUUGACCAUACUCUGACUGUUGGUGUUAUCAGUGGUUUAAAUCGAGAUAUAUUUAGUCAAGCUGGAGUGACAAUUGGUGGCGGGAUUCAAACAGAUGCAGCUAUUAACCCUGGGAACAGUGGCGGUCCUUUGCUAGAUUCGAAAGGGCACAUGAUUGGUAUUAACACAGCAAUUUUUACACAGACAGGAACGUCCGCGGGUGUUGGUUUCGCUAUCCAAUCGUCAACUAUACUCAAAAUAGUUCCUCAGUUAAUUCAGUCUGGAAAGGUUCGCCGUGCUGGCCUGAAUGUGGAAUUCGCACCAGAUCCGAUUGCGUAUCAGCUUAACGUCCGUGACGGCGCUCUUAUACUGAAGGUUCCCCCGGGCAGCGCCGUAGCUAAAGCAGGCCUGGUUCCUACGGGCAGGGGUUUCGCCGGCAAUAUUAUCCUGGGUGACGUCAUUGUUGCGGUGGACGGCAAACCUAUCAAGGGGAAAUCCGACCUCCUGAGGGUUCUAGACGACUACGGCGUCGGCGACACGGUGACCCUGACGAUCAGAAGAGGUGCCGAGACCAUCCCGGUAGCCUUGUCGCUGGAAGACUCGAGCGUUUGAUGUGCCCCUGGAUUUUUACUUUUUUUCCGUUCCCAGUUCUACAAUGUAAUCUUAUGACCUCCUAAUGGAUUUGAUCACUUGGAAGUUUUCCUUGAAA